UGUUGAUAACAACACGACUGUGUGCUCAGCCUUAGAUGCGCUUCCACCUCAAACGUGCCAUAUGAACAGCGGGCUAAGCGAGCUUGGAAUCUUUCUGCAAAUCUUGUGUUUGUGUCCUUUUAAAUAAAACCACUGAAAUGACUCUCCACUGCACCCCGCUCUCACACGAAAUAAAAACCCAGUUUGAAGAACCGCGAACUCCUGCCUGCGCUUCCACCUCCUUCUUCCCCUCAGCUGGCCGAGGACGGGGAGAGAACACGCUUCUGCUGCUGCUCAGUCACAGUUUGUGCAAAAAGCUUUGACAUGAGCCAUUAUUUCCUACUGGAAACUGUCACGUUUAGGGAAAUGGCGUCAAAAGUAACCAGGAACUUCCGUCUCCAGACGAUGCAUUUUAUCCUCCGUUUUAUGUUUUGCCCUUAAGAAACAUGGGCGGACAGCACUUCCUGUUUGGAUAUUUCGCUCUCAAGAAAGUUAGUGCUUGAAGAGCGAGCUGGGAAUGCCUGAGCUUGAUGAUCAAUAAUCCCUGCGCUUAAAUUUGUAAGUAUUUUCACCGAAAACAUACAUCGCUUCCUCUCUCAGGUGGUCCGACUAUACAAAUUCUCUCGGCUUUUUCUGCAAAGCUUCCCCUGCGAGCUUCUGCCCUCGUUUCGUUUCGUCUUUACGUAUUCCUUUACACGCUUCCGGACAUUUCUUCGCUUUUUUCUUUUUUUUCUUCUUCUUUUUGGAGGGGUUUAAUUAAAAACCAGUCAUAGACAUGUAGGUAUGGCUCCCCACUGCGAAUAGAUCUUUAUUUUUUGUUCUACAAUUUGUGUUGCAGUUGUGGUAUUUUGUAUCUAGAAAAUAUGGUGAAUCCUGAAACCUUAAGAGCAAUGAACAAUCUAUUGUCGCCUGCCCUGCUCUUAUUUAGUUAAAGCGGGUAUGAUAAGGAUUGCUGCCUCCAAGAGCUUUACUACAACGAUUCUGCUACACUCUGGCAGGUAUCUAAGAAAAAAAACAGAUUCUUUCUUUCUAGAUUGGACCCCAGGGCAUGGUGUGAAUGUACUUGGCUGAAAUUAAGGAAAUUAAGGUUUGCAGGUUCCUGUCAGGGAACCCUGUACAUACUUUCUUAACAGGAAGAAAUGUAGAAUAAAAACAGAAGAUGAGACACCUGUAAUUUUUCCUAGGUCUUUAAUACUUUUUUCUCUGUUUUAAUGUUGCUGCUGUGUCUUCCUGGAUUGCAGCUUUGAACAGUUUUUUUAAAAAAAUAAUGUUUUACUGGUUGAUUUUAGUUGUUGUUUGAAAGCUGCCCUGGGAGAUGUUGAUUCAAAUGCUUUUCUCUGACCUCUUCUGACUCAAACUGGACAUACCUCCAAAGCUGUUAAUGCCACAAGGCUGUUAACAGCAGGCAAUAGUAUAUAUGCUAAUAUAAAUAAAGCAUAAGAAAAAUGAUAAUAUAAGUGAAAGCAGGGAUAAAAAUCAGCUCUGUUGACCAGAAGCAUGUUAAAUUAGGACAGUUUUCACAGUGUAUCAAAGCAUCAUUGCUGAUGGAGCUGACCUACAGCAGAGAAUUCCAAAGUUUUGAUGCCACAGUGGAAAAGGCUGUGGCCUGUGUACCCAACCAACUGAGCCUUUGCUACUGAUAGGAUAUGUAGCAAGCAUUUGCUGAAGAUUUUGGGUGACAGAAUCAAAUGGGGAGAAAGUGUUCCAAGUACCCUAGUCCCAAAUCGUAAGGGUUAUAAAGCUGAUCACUUGUGCGCUGAAUUUUCCUUUGAGACAAAUCAGAAACUGGUGAGGCUGGGCCAGCUGUAAAGUCACAUGGUCUAAAACCAAACAAACCCCAACCCCAGUCAAAACUCUUGCUGACACCUUUUGCACCGCUUUUUGAAGGCAGCUCCAUGUGACAAUGUGGAUGCGAUUCUCUUUUCUUUUUUAAGAAAUUGGAGAUAGGUUACUGUACCAAAGGGAGUGUCCACCCUAUGUUAAAGUGUCGGUUAUCUUUGGGUGGGAACCAGUCCUAAAUGUGAGUAUGUCUGAUUGUCUGCUUCGUGCAAGAUGCCCUGAUAACUUAAAUCAACAAAAGAUGCAGCCUUUCAUCAAUUUGAUGCUCACAUACUUCCAAAACACCUUGUACUCUUCAUUUACUGAAACAGAUCCAGCUAAAGUACUCUCAGGCUUUUAAAAAAUAACAUAGCUGUCAACUUUUCCCUUUUUUAAAGGGAAAUUCCCUUAUUUCAAAUAGGAUUCCUCACAAGAAAAGGGAAAAGUUGACAGCUAUGAAAUAGGUCCGACCCUGUCUGGGCAUAAAAGAUGCAUUUGGAAAUCAAGGACCUGGGGUGGAGUCCACUUCACGAAAUAAAAACUUGCAGUGCUCAGAAGGCACCCCCCCCAAAUAAAACCUCUACAUAAUCCCUGUAAGUAUAACACAGGCAAAUAAUAGUAAUAAUCUAGCACCCAAAAACGUGCCCCUACCUUGGAAAGCAUUUCUGAAAAAAAGAAAUAUUUGGAAGGAUAAAGAACAUUGGUGGGUGUUGCAGUCCCCACAGGUGCAACAUAUAUCGCAUUUAAGUUCUCUCUAUUUAUUUUCCUGCAGGAUGGAUGCCAGGGACAAGCAGGUUCUACGCUCGUUGCGCCUGGAGCUUUGUGCAGAACUGCUGGUGGAGGGCCUUGUCAUUCAGUACCUUUACCAAGAAGGCAUCCUGACAGAAAGCCACAUGCAAGAAAUAAGGUCCCAAGUCACCAGCCACAGGAAAACCAUGUUGCUCCUUGACAUCUUACCUACAAGAGGGCCCAAGGCUUUUGAGACUUUUCUAGAUUCCUUACAGGAGUUUCCAUGGGUGAGAGACAAGCUUGAGGCAAAGCGCAAUGAAGUUAUGCUAGUGGCACUUGAUGGUAAGAUUUCAAAACUAUUACUAUAUUGGGUUCAUUCUUCCUUUGAUCAAAGAGCUGCAACAGUAGAAUUUACAGUUGGAAGGAGUAGACUGGGUUCCUGCACCUUUAAUAGAUGUGCAGAAGAGGGACUUUCAGUAAGUGCAGCUUGCCACGCAAAGAGCACAGGAGCUCUGCCUUCUCUUUCCAUUUGGCACUGCAAUCCUACAUGUCUCUACAUUGGAAGUAAGUCCGCUUGAGUUCAACAGGACGUGCUUCCAGAUAAAUGCAUGUAGGACUGUAAGCUUAGUCUGUUAGCUGGUUAUUUUCUACACUGUUGUUUUGUUGUCAUCUUCUAAUUUUUAAAAUCUUAACUGGACUUUUUAUUGUGUUGCAGUGUGUUUUUGCUUUUCUGACUUAUUUUUUUUUUGUGAGCUACAAUUGAAAGACUGGACAAGAAGUCAUCUUAUAAAAAUAAAUAUUCAGCCAUGUGAGCGCUUCAUCCCCUUGGUGAGAUCUAGGCUCUUGUCAGCCUAAGUAAUUUGUUUGUGAUGUGGAGUUAGCUGUUGCAAAAUGUGAUCCAAAGUCUAGAGUUCUGAGUAGUCAACUUGCUUCAAAACAGAUGUCCAGACUGGUGUGUGUGUGUGUAAAAUCCAUUAUCUAUUUAAAGGGUUCAUUUUUACCUUCUAGGAAAUUGUAUGUGCUGUACUGAUAACUUGAGUGCUCUCUAAGUAACGGCCACCCCAGUUAGGCAACUCAGGGCAUAGAGGAUAAUCUUGCCUUCAGCCUAGUCUAUGCAAUUUUCUUAUGUUGCAAGAGUUGUGGGGUGAAGCUUUGAGGAAGUCGCAGCCAAGCAGCUCCAGUAAUGCAAAUGGGCCUAGAAGCUAUUGGCAUUACAGUGGUAACUUCUGAAGAUAGCAAGACAAAUGUAUGUUUAAAAAUAUUGAGGUAGGGGAGGAUAUACUAUAUCCUUUAGAUCAGUAUUUCCCAAAGUGUGGUACACAUACCCCUGGGGCUGCACAAAAGGAUUUCAAAGGGUGUAUGGUAUCUGCUAGAUAAAAUAGGAUCAUAAUCAUGUACCCCUAUUGAGAGUUUAUUCUUACUGGUAUACUCCAACCAACAAAUUAUCUUCGUCUGAGCCCUUCUCAGAAGAUAAUUUGGUGGUCGGGGUACACCAGUAAGAAUAAACACUCAAAAAGGGUACAUGAUUAUUGUAAGUUUGGGAAACAUUGCUCUAGAAAAAUGAGGCUAAAAAGAGAUUUAAGGCAGACUUGUGUACAUUGUCAUUCUAGAUGAUGUGUUACAUUUCUAUCACACCUUUCCUUCUAGGAACUCAAAAUGGUCCUGCCCCAUCCCAUUUUAUCCUCACAACAACCCCAUGAGAUAGAGACAGGGAUUGGCUCUGUGAACUUCAUGGCUGAGUGGGGAUUUGAACCUUGGUCUUAGUCUAGCCAGGGGUGUAGCUAGCUGCUCUGGCACCCGGAGUGGCGGGGGCGAGGCGAGCCACCCACAGGGGCGCCAUGGCAAUCCGUGCACCAGGGGGCACCGCAGUGAUCUGCCCAGGGGAGUGGCGCAGCGUGGCAAGCUGCCCAUGGAGUCCUCCUGAAACUGCAGAGUGGGGCCCCGAGCCACUGCUUCACUCCCAGGAGAGACGUGUGGCUCGGGCACACUGCAGGCCAGGCCCCGUGGUAAGUGCUGCCCCCCCCCGUGAUGUGCCAUUUUGUCACCCCCCUCAUGGAUGACACCCAGGGCGGACCACACCCCCACCCCUUCCUACGCCCCUGAGUCUAGCCCUCUCACAGCUACACCAAACUACAGUGGAACUGAUUUUAUAGUUGAAUUAUUGUCUCUAUUUGCUUGCAAACGAAAAGGCAUCUGUAUGAAUGAGAGUCAUUAUAAACUUUUCCUCCUGAAAGAUGACUAAUUCUCAUACAGUAAAAUAAAGGGAGAAUGGAAAGGGACAACAAUAGGAUAGCACUGUAUAAUAGAGACGAGAUUGUACAGUGAUGGGUUGCUAAACUUGGAAUAUGUGGGUUUACAUCAGAUAUGUUGUAUUCCUUUUUGCAGAGGAAGAAUGAGACAUGGGGAAAGGGUUCUGAAGUUUUGCUUACAUAACUGGUAAUUUUCAGACAACUGCUCAUCUCUUAUUAUCUGAUUUAUAUACAUACACACACAUCCUUGAAGAUGCCCUUGGCUUAGAGUCUUGGGAUUUCUUCACUUUAGGUUUUGUCUUGGGCUAAGGGAUCCAAUGGCCUCAGACUCAUCACCCUAGUACUAUUACUGUGGAUUGAUGAGCUUGGAUGUUCAUGGUUACUAUGUUUUCGAUCAUCCCUGUUGAAGGAGAAAGGGCAACUUAUAUGUGCAUAAAUGUUUAUGUUGUUUUAAGGAGGAUAGUUACAUUUCAGUAAGAAUUCAGGAAGGCCUUUUUUGAUAGAGGACAGUGUCCCGUCAACAGCAUUGAAAUAAGAUUUAGGGGUCAGUCCAUUUGUCUUGUUUCGAUGGAAUUGUGGUGGUGGAGGGGGCAAGCAGCAAAAUGUCUUUGGCCAGCUCCACUGACAGUUUUCUAGCAUGGAUGUUAAAUCAAUACUCCAUAUUUUUGGGAUAGAUUUAUGAACAAGGAUGACAUAAUCUUUAACAAGUUUCUGUUACACAAUCCUUGAGGUUAUGGAGAUUGUAACCUUGAAUUACUUUCAAGUGAUGCUUAUGGGAACAUUUUUAAUAAUAAUAAUAAAUAAUAAUUUGAUUAUUUCACUUAGAAUAAUUUCUUUCUCCUCUGUCUCUGUUGACGUGACUCUUCAUAAUUGUAAAGUAUGGCUAACAAAGUUUCCAGCUAGGUUUGGAGUGUUUUCUGGUCUGUAUUGAUGUUGGUCAGUUCUCAGGCCUGGCUGAGAGUUGGGAAUGGGUGGUUGUGAAUAGGCUGCGGCAAAUAAUACUACAAUCCCACAGCCUCUUCCUGGUCCCAUAGCCAUAGUUAGUGCCCAUGCCUGUGUUAUUCUUGCACAGUUGUACAAUUUUUUGGGAAGAGUAGGAAAAGCCUGGUUUGUUUAUAUUAUUUUCUUUUUCCACUACGUGGGACACCUUGUGUUUGUGGACAGAAAGUUAAAUACGUUAUUCAGUAACUAAUCUACUUCUAAUGAUUUGUACAAUCCCUGUUGUAACCCAGGGUUAGCCAGCUGGCAGCAUAGAGUGGGAAUUUAUUACCAACACAGUUUAAUCUGGCCUCUGGUAACCCCUGUGUAUAUUAAAGAGAUUGUUUCACCAAGGUGGAAAAGAAGCUCAUCAAAAGAUGUGUACAUUUAAAAAUGUUUCAUCUUUUUUUACUGAUGUCAAAUGUGCAAUGCGCAGGGAGCCCAGUGCAGUGUGGAUUCCUCUCUUGAGCUCAGCAGGAGUCAGCCAUUGAACCGCGCCACGCUGGGCUCCCUGUUUGGCCUCCUCCCAAUGAUGCAACUUCACACGUGUGUCACAUGUAUGGCAUCACAUACUCCCGACCCAUGUCCAAUGCAUGAUGUCACACAAAGAUGAUGCACACUGCCGCCCCACCCAAAUCUUGUACUCAAGGCAGCCCCUCUGCUUCCACCUAAAUCUCCUUCCUGGACAUCUGUUUUCCCAGCCGCCUUAAAUUCCAUCAUGGAGGGGGCCCCCCUGUGUUCUCUGUGCUCUUUGCUCUGCUACAUGCAAAGCUCAUCCACUAUCACACCUGCAGAUGGAAAGCAGAACUAGAGCUGUGUGUCAUCAGCAUAUUGCUAACAAUGUACUCCAAAAUUCUGGGUAAUCCCACAUAGUGGUUUCAUGUAGAUGCAGAAUCUUGAGGAACUACACAUUGAAGUCUCCACAAGGCGGAAGAGCAUGCCCCAAGCAUCACUCUCAAAGGGCAGAACUGGAAAAAAGCAAAUGGGGAGGCUGCUUAUCAACCGUCCAGCGUCCUUUCUCUCUCUCCCCGCAUCAAGCUUUCAUGGUGUAAUAUGCAUUUAGCAGUUGUUGUGCAAGCUUCUGGUGAAGCUCAACUCUUCACUUCCGUUUUUUAUUUUUAUAAUAAUUAAGAAAUAAUACUUCCUGAGUACAGAAACCUUAGAAAGUAAGGUACAUGGUAUAAUUUCAAAUAUAAAAUAGUUUUUAACUUAAAUCUGUUUAUAAAAUUACAGUGCGAAUUUUGUAAAGUACUAUGGAACGCUCCUUACCUGAGUCUUCAUGUAUCUGAAAGUUCUUGUCUAGAUUCAAAUCAUUCAUGUUCCACAGACACCAUUCCUGUUAUAAUGUACCUUUUGAUUAUUUAUUUGACUUGGAUGACCUCCCCAGGCUAUUUAGCUAAUAACCCCACCUUUUCUGGACUGCAAUGUGCAAUCUGCUUGUUAGCUUCAGUUAGUAACAAAGCUUGGGCAACUCUUUGUGGAUUGCUAAUCUUGUAGUUUCAAGUAUACUGGUAGAGUUAGCAGGAUCUGUUCCUUUAUGUAGGAUUUGGAAGCAAUAGCUUUCUAUUGCAGUCAUGGGAGCCAACUUCUAGGGGCUGUGGGGGCUUCGGCCCCCACAAUAAAAUAUUUGAGGGGGCUGGGCCCCCACAGAGUUGAUGGGCAUUCCCAUUCAAAUGGUGUGUGCGGGGCUUACCUGGGCCACCACAAUAUUCUAUUCAAGUUGGCACUCCUGAUCUCAGUUGUUCCCCAGCAACUGGUAUUCAGAGGUAUGCCUCCACAGUUGGGGUUCAGUUUUGCUAUCAUGGCUGUUAGUACUACUAACAACUACUUGUGUAGUUCCCCUCCAAAGCCACCUAUUAGAACAUAUGGUUUGGCUGUCUUAGUUUCUUGAUGUAUUUUUGCAUUUAAUGAAAGGUCUGACUCGGUUGGGUGUUGCAGCCUUCUUUUGAGGUUCUGAACAGUCAACAAAUACACGUACGCAGUGUUUUCUAUUUUAAUUAUAUUCCUGGAAAAACUGCUGUGUGGUGUUUACAGCAAGAGAGAAAUGCUGUAUGCAGAACAUUAUUCCAUCCCAAAAGUUUGAAAAGGAAGGAAAGAUUCUGAUUUUGUGCCUUGCAUAGAGUUAGUAUAAUCAGAUUCUAUGAGGGAUUCUCAAAUGUUGUUGGGUCUGUUUGUUGAAGUGGGACAGAUAUGGGAUUGUUUUAUUCAACAGUGUGACAUGAUUUGUACAGUGGUGCCUCAGGUUACAUAUGCUUCAGGUUACAUACGCGUCAGGUUACAGACUCUGCUAACCCAGAAAUAGUACCUCGGGUUAAGAACUUUGCUUCAGGAUGAGAACAGAAAUCGUGCUCCGGCGGUGCGGCGGCAGCAGGAGGUCCCAUUAGCUAAAGUGGUGCUUCAGGUUAAGAACAGUUUCAGGUCAAGAACGGACCUCUGGAACGAAUUAAGUACUUAACCCGAGGUACCAUUGUAAUUUUAUUUUAUUUUCUUAUACAGUGGUACCUCGGGUUACAUAUGCUUCAGGUUACAUAUGCUUCAGGUUACAGACUCCGAUAACCCAGAAAUAGUACCUCGGGUUAAGAACUUUGCUUCAGGAUGAGAACAGAAAUUGUGCUCCGGCGGUGCAGCAGCAGCAGGAGGCCACAUUAGCUAAAGUGGUGCUUCAGGUUAAGAACAGUUUCAGGUUAAGAACGGACCUCUGGAACGAAUUAAGUACUUAACCCGGGGUACCACUGUAUAUCGAUAAUUGUAUAUGUUUGUAUGUUAUGUAGUGACCAGGGAUCAUUUUCUGAUGAAGAGCAAGGUAUAAAUUUGCAAGACCCACGUAUGUAGCUAUAGGAUCAAGGCAUUCUUUAAGAACAACCACAUGUAAAUUGUAUUACAUAAGUACAGUCGUACCUUGGCUCCCAAACGCCUUGGGAGUCAAACAUUCCGGCUCUCGAACAAUAAAAAAUCAGAAAUGAGUGUUCCAAUUUUUUAACAUCCUUUUGGAAGCCUGGCACAUCUGGCACGGCUUCCGUAUUUUUUCCCGGUGCGCCUGCACAAUCUGAAACCAAUCAGAAACUGUGCCUUGGUUUCCUAACGUUUCGGAAGUGGAACGGACUUCCAGAAAGGAUUCCAUUCGACUUCUGAGGUAUGACUGUAAUUGUGCUCUACUUUAUCAGGUUAUAGAAGACAUAAUGUUACAAAAUAAUAUGUAUAUUGUUUCUAUAACUUGUAAUCUACAAACCGUUUCAUACAAAUGCAUUAAAAACCAGCUUAGUUCCAUUACAGUCCCAAGAAUUCGGAGCAAAGACUGAGAGGUGAGAUGAUAGCCAUCUUCAGAUAUCAGAUGGGCUGUCACAUGGGUGAUGGAACAAGCUGGUUUUCUGCAGUUCUAGCGGCUAGGACCUGAACCAAUGGAUUCCAGUCACAAGCAGUGAGAUUCUGACUAAACAUUAGGAAGAACUCUCUGUUGGUUAGAACUAUUUGACAGUGGAAUGGGGUAGCUCGGAAAGUGGUGGACUCUCCUUUAUUGGAGGUUUUUAAACAGAGGUUUGUUGGCCACCUGUCAGGGUUUUUUUUAGCUGUGAUUCCUGCAUUACAGAGGGGGGGUUGGACUAGAUGACAUUUUGUGUUGCUUCCAGCUGUGCAGUUCUAUGAGUCUAACUUAGCUGGUUUGAAAUUAAAUGCAGUUAAAGUACUUGGCUUUAAGCUGAUGUUUGUGAGAUCAGGCGGUCCCUUGUUCAUAUGGGCAAUUGUAAAGGAGAUUCCCCCCCCCCCUUUUUAAGGUAUGUGUGAUUGUUCAAACAAGAAGUAGCAAAAGGAAGUGGGAUAGCUGUGUAGAUCUUGAUUUCAGACUACCUGUGUUUGUGCCGUGCUACACAGUAGGAUUUUGAUUACAACAAAAUUAUCUCUAGGGUUGGAUGAGAAGGCCCCAGAACUAUUUCAAUCCUGUUUAUGUCAUCAUAGAUGUAUUUACCUUGUGAAUAACAAUAAUUUGUGCCAAAUACUAAUCAACCUCACAGCAGGAUUACUUCCUUAGAGAAUAUUUCCAGUGUGGGCAAUCAUGACAAAGAAAUAUAACCGUCUAAAAGCCUCUGCAUAAUAUUUAUGAUUAUCAGGAAAAGCCAUGGUUGUUGGCAGGAAAGUGGAGUUCUUUCUAGGAACAGCAGAAUGUUACAUGAUGCGUGUUUCUAUAAUGCAGAAAAUGUGUGCUAUGGAAUUGUGUCUUCUAGGAUUGCUUUCUUAGUUAACUUCUUUCCAGAAUCUUUUCCUUUUCUCCUUUCUGAGUUCCACCUCUAAACCCCAUUUAUAUAGAUAAAAGUUAGAUGCUGAGAAAUAGCACAUAGUCCCUGUACAUAGGAAUCUCGACAUUGGUGAAAGGUUCUAACCCAUCCUCCUUUCUGACAUAAAAGGUUUUUGGGAAAUGUGGAUGUUAACUGAUGAGCAUUCAGUCUUGUAAAUCCUUUGUUGCAGUUAGUAGUGAAGUUAGGAUGCAGCUUUCCUGCCUAUUUGUUAUUUGUGAAUAAAAGUAUUGUGGCGUUUGCUAUAUUUAUUUAUAUGUAAAUAUUCCUCCCAUCAGUUUGCCCUAGUUUAUCAUUUUCAAAAGUUCUCUUUAUGCAUUUUUUUGGGGGGGGGGAGGGACUGGGAUUUCUAUUAAAUUAAAGUUACCAAAAUAAGAAUUGGAAGUUUAGUAACUGUGAAUGUACAUUUGUUUCCCACUUCAUAUUUUAUUUUUUUGCUUUUGCCAGUGGCGUAUAAUUAGAUUGUGAUUCUAAGACAGCAGUCCUAUGUGCAUUUACAAGGAUCACAGUGAACAAAUAAGACUUGCUUCCAACUAGACAUGCGUAGGAUUGCCAUGCAUGAAAAUGAUCAGAAAUAAUUAAAAGCACAUUUUCUUUGAACUAUUUCCCAACCAAAGUUAAAAAUAUGGUUAAGUUCUCUUGAGUUCAGGGGUGAUUUAAGUACAUACAGAGUUAAGGAUUCUAUCGGGCUUCUCCAGAUACGGAAGAUCUCAAUAAUUUUAGACCAGUGGCAAAUCUCUGCUUCCUGAGCAGUCCUCAAGAGAGUGCCCUGCACAACGGAUUGUGUCAGGAGACAGUCAGGGGAGUGUGACUGUUGAUUUUCCUUUAGCUUUUUUGAUCCUGUCCCAGCUUGCAAUGCUUCUUCUCCUUCUUGGGUGGCUUUCUCCAGAAAGUGGUGCUUUUUUGGUGGGGCAGGGGCGGGAUAAGUGCUUAGAGUCGAGAUUUGUAGUCUAGUACCAUCCGCAGUGCCACAGGUUCCCCAUUCCUGCUCUUAAAGCAUGCUUCCUGGUUUGGUCAUAUGGAGGUGAUUCUUAGCCUCUGAGGCUAUCGGAAGAGUGUCUGUUUACAGUUGUAGAACAAGCAGCUGUAUUCGUAUUUGCUUUUCAGUUUAUACAGCCAGCAGCAUAAGAGAUGAGUUCUCCGGCUGUUAAGCCAAAUAAAAGGAAAGAGCUAAUGGUAUCUACGAACACAGGGGAGGAGUAGUGGGUGGUGGUGUUUAUAACAGAGUGAGUGUAAUGAGGGGAGUAUAUUUCCUAAUAACAAGCAUAAACCAUCACACGCAACGUGCCUCCACUAGCCCUGAACUCUGAUCUGAGUGGCCUUCCUGGAUCACUGAUGACGUAGAAAUGCUUCUACAGUCGUUGGAGUCACUAGAUGUUGGCUCAGUUCCUCAAGUUUUAAUCUGAAGUUUUGUUGUUGGCCAGUUGAUUGCAAACACAAAUGUGAGUUUCUAUUUCUGUUAAUAAGAUAUUUUAUCUUAUUUGGGAACCUUUGCUCAAAACAUUAUUUAGUACAUGUUUGUUUCCAUUUCUGCCUCCUCCUCAUUGGAUAUCUGUAUCUCAGAAUAGACUGUAUAACGUGUAUCGUUCUAUUAAAAGCAAGUUUUCUUAACGUUACCAUUUCCGUUCCCUUAAUUUCUUGUUCGUUUUUCACUGCUAUGGUUGGACAUGAGGUAAUAAGCUCAUACCCAAAUCUGAUUUACUCAUACAAUCAUCUCUGAUCCUUUUGGGAUGGACAGCAGAGAAUGGAAAGGAUCUAGUUCCUUGUUCUUGUUCUUUCCUCAGAUUCAUCCAUAGAGCAGUUGAAUCUGCAGCACACAGAUAAUAUCCCUCACUUCCAAGAAAAAGAAAUCCAUUUAUGGCAGGCACCUGUUGCAAUAGAAUUAUUAAAGCAGCAGAUGAAACUGGAAAGUUUUGACAUAGAUUUCAAGGUUUUUUUUUAUUACUACGUAGCUUACAGACAAGUUCUUGGUACUAAAUUAUUCAACAAGUCAAAGUGACCCAGUGGAUUUCCUUCCCAUCACUGCUUCUAUUAUUUAGCUUUUCCCCAAUGCCAGCAAUGCUAGACUAUAACUGUCUCGUUUGACUUUCAUGUGUCUGAAUACUUUCCUUCAUUGUGACCAGUAUUUAUUUCUUGGCUAUUUUUCUAUUACCUGUUGGCCCAUCUCUACCAGCUGAUGAACUUUAUUGAAGGAGUGGUAUAUAAAUGCCAGAAGUAAAUACCAGAUGGCUGCACCUCACAUUCUGAGAGGUGCAUCUAAGUUCUUUGCAAUACUGGGGUGCAGUUCAUAAGUUGGAUGUGGCUGCACGUGAUUCUCCAUGGUGAUGCAAGGAAUCUUGUGGUGAACCUUCCGAACUGGAAGUCCCUUCAUGGGUGCCACUAAAAUAAUGACCACUCCUUGGAUUGUUUGUGCAAAGCAGAGGUGCCAGCUCAUGGGGGCCAAGCUGUCCCCCCCCCAUAUCUUUUGUGAGGGGGCCGGCUCCUCCUCUUCCUGCCAUGGAAGGAGGCCUGUUGUGGGAGAGGAGCAACUGUGGCCAUUGAAGCAGUGCAGUGCUUGGCUCUAUGCUCGGCCUCCUCCAGAAGAUGUGACGUCCUGCGCAUGACAACACACACACGUUGUGCAUCACACGGGCCCCCUAAAUCUUCGGCACAAGUUGCUGCCUCUGCUCCAAGUUUGAAUAUUACUGCAAGAACUAUGGUACAACAUAGGUUUUGAUCAAGAAUGAGCAACUCCCACUCCCAUCAUCUUAAGCCAGGGUGGCCAGUGACCAGAGAUGAUGGGAGCUGUAGUCCAAAAAAACCUCAAGGGCCACAUGACUUAUUUAGAGCAAACAAUGUGUUAAGUACAAUAUUAUUAAAAUGAAUGGUUGCUUCGUACUUAAAAGCUUAUUCUUCAUUCUGGAGCGUUAUGCAUCUCUCUCUUUCUCUCUUUCCCCAUAUCUCAAAUGUCCUCACAAUGUCUCAGCAUACAUGCCUACAGAAAAAGUCCUAGUUUGUGUGGCACCCACUGUGCCAAUAUGAAGUUUGAAUUGUUUUUUGUUUAACUCAGAGAGGGCUGUGCCUGAAACUGUACAUAUGAAACUGUGAGGCAAUAUUUGUUUUGCAGCUGCCUUUACUUUCCUCUUGAUAAAUAGAGGAUUCAUGUUUCCCCUUGUGCUGACAGUCUUCUGAUCUUUCUGAAUAAUAGCAACAGUUAUGAAAAUUUGCCUUGUAGAUUAAGUGGAAAAGAUGUCACAGAUCUGAAUUAACAAGCAGCAAAAAGUCGAUGUAUAUCCCUGUCCUCUCAGAAGAGUGCUCUUUUUCAUAACUCAGGCAGCCUGGAAUUUGUGGGGCAGCUCAUACGGGGUGGUGGGAGCAAAGAUGGAAGAGGGAAGGAAGUUAAGGAAGAGUGAAGACAGAAAACACACCUUGCCUUCUCAGCACCUUGAGACCUUCCUCUGCUGUGCUGCAAAGUGCUAAAGGACUGCUAGCCUUAAACAAUUUUCAGGCUUUUAAUACUUGUGAAUUUUGGAAGCGAAAGCUCCAGAGGUCAAACAUCAGUAACAAUCCCUAAAUGUUUCUAGGGAAAUAAAACCCUUUCAUGCUGAAUCACAGAACUGUACUGUUAUGGUUUAUAGCUUCAUAUAUUGCUAUUAACUGUGAAUAGUUGAGUUCUUCAUGUUUUGCAAUGAAGGCAUACAGUCUUGUUGCAGUAUUUCAUUUUAAUAGCAAUCUUGCGUCUCUAGAUCGAAGCGUUAUAUUCCUCUGUUUGAUGAAAUUUGGCUUCAGUUUUGCAGAGGUUUCUUUCUUCACAGCACUUUAUUUUCAUUGUUUCUGCUUUUGAUUGCAUUUUGUGUGUGUGUCUUUAAAGCAUUAUAUAUCUCAUAGGUAAAGCAUAAUAUUGUGCAAAAAACUAUUUGAAAUUUAGAGUACUUCACUGUAGCUAGGCAUAAUGCUUUUAAUCCCUAUAUACUCCAAAGCAAGUGGAAGAUGUCUCUGGCCUGAGGCAUCCUGUGGCAAAAGCGCACUUAAGGAUUUGAUAAUUGCCCAGUUUGUGCUCUCAUCAUAACAUACUGAAGUCCAACAAUUGGCACCAGCUCCACACCAAAUCAUAUUUCACUUGUGUUAAAAGUAAGGCAAGUUUUUAUUAGGUUCCUGAGGUGAGAAAAUGCCUUCAUUUAUAUGCGUGCUCAGACAGAAGAACAUAUGCCACAUCUUUUGUAUCACAUCAUUUUUAUUCUUCCUCAGUUUUUUUGAUACUGCAAAUUAAUAUAUCAUCACUUUCAUCCAAGUGACAAUGUGCAGGGACGUCUUCUUCCGAGAAUAACCUGCCCCCUCACUAGUCUGGCACAACUUUUUCUCUGUCACAAAGAACAUUCUUCAAAAUAGCUUAAAAGGAGAGGGGUAGUGAGUGAAGACUGGAGUGGAGUGGAGACUUGAGGCUUAUCUAUAAUUCUGCUUGUGCCGUGUCCAGAAGCACAGUCUGAAUGGUUUUCUGCUUGACCUGGGCUUUCUAGGCACAGGUCUGAGCGGAUUCCCCCUUGCCCUGCUCCUUUCCAAGGAAAACCCACUCUUUAGAGAUAGAUCAGAACAAAUGGCAAUCCAAGGGAAACCCAAAUUGUCGUUGGCUCCUCUUGAGUGCUAAAGAGUGUUUUUCCAUGAAUAGGAAAACAGAAAGACAAAAGGAAUUAUGAAUAAGCCCUUACUUCCCAGAGCGCAAUUGCAACGCAAUUGGCAGAUUAACUAUAUCAAAUAUUUGAUGUUUUAGAUAUUCCUCUGAGUUCUUUAGUACCAUCCUCCUGAAAAAGAGAGCUAUUAAUACUGGAAACUUCCAUAAACCAAAACUAACUCCUUCGUGGGAGCAAUUGUGCUGUCACAACUGAUGGGAGUUGUGUUUUGAUUCUAGACUUCGAUUUCAGAAUUGCUUAAAAUAAUGUUUUAAGGCGGUACAAGAUUUCUCCUCUCUUGUUUUUUCUGUGCUGAAGUUUUAAAGAAUGCAUUUGCUCUGAAUGUUUCUUUGAAUUGCUUCCAGAACAUAAACACAAGGCAUGGCUUAAUACCUAACGUUUCUGGAAUGUAUUUUACAUUACGAAGCUAGGAGUGCCUUUCAUUAUGGAUUUCCAAUUACAGUGGUACCUCGGGUUAAGUACUUAAUUCGUUCCGGAGGUCCGUACUUAACCUGAAACUGUUCUUAACCUGAAACACGACUUUAGCUAAUGGGGCCUCCAGUUGCCGCCGCGCCGCCGGAGCCCAAUUUCUGUUCUUAUCCUGAAGCGUAUGUAACCUGAAGUGUGUGUAACCCGAAGUACCACUGUAAAUUAUUCUCUGGUUGUGUCUAAGAUAGUGAAAUGGCUGUUACCUUUCUGACUCUGGUCAUCUAACCUCAAAAAGGAUGUAACACAGCGAUUCAGAAAAGGGCAACAAAAAUGACCAAGAGGAUGGAUCAGCUCCCCUAUGAAGGAAGAUUACAACUGUUGGGGAUUUUUUUGUUUAGAGAAAAGGCAAGUAAGAGGCAAAAUUACGAAUUUUCUGUAGAAAGUGGAUAGAUAUAGACUUUUUUCUCCCUCCCUCCCUCUCAUAACACUAGAUUCAAGGCAUAUAAAAGAAAGUACUUUUUCCCACAGCACAUUGUUAAACUACAGAACUCACUCCCACAAGAGGCUAUGUCCUCUGAUGGCUAUGUUCUCCUACCACUGUCGGAGGCAGUGAUGCUUCCAGUUUCUGGAAACUGCAGGAGUGGUGAGUGCUGUUGUGCUAUGGUCUUGCUUGUGGGCUUCCCAUAGGCUUUUUCAGAAAAAUGGAGGACCCAAAAAAGCCAGUUUGUCUGGCCUCCAAAACCUCAUUCGAUGGUGGCGGCGGCAAAAAGAAAUAAAUCUAAAGUAUUGAUUGAGCUGCCAGUCCAGUGCCCUGUUGGGAUGCGACCCAGGCGCUCUCCAGUCAACAGAUUCAUAAUUUAAUGGGUGGGGAGGGGAUGAUAAGCUCUCUGAGAUCAGCUAAGGAGGGAGACUGUGUGCUUGCAAGUGUAGGACGCUCCUCCCCAAACUGCUAGCAUGUAGCUCUCCAGGGUAGAUGCCCAAGCCAGUGGCAAAUUCCUCAGCCCAGAAAUGGUUAGCCAUUCCUAGGAUAGACAACUUAAGGUCACAUGAACAACUUCCACUAAAAUUUGCUGCGGGGAAAACAGGUAUGCAGUUAUUAAAGGGCAAGUCAUCCUAACCUUAAGCAAGGCAUUGUCUACCAGCAAGGAAGACUGUUAUACUAGAUGUGCUUACUAGAGAGAGCAAGACCCAGUGAACAAAGUGGGAUCAUUUCUAAGAAAACAUGUAAGUUUGGGCUGCUGUUCUAUUUCUACUGUAACUGUUAGUUAAUUAGUAUCAAUGAAGACUUCUGCAAUUUUGCUCUUGUGAUCAACUCAAAUGGUAGCAGCGUAGCCUUGAAGAGACAGUUUUGUUAAUGUGCAAUCAGUUUUAGCGUAAAGGCUUGCAGUUGUCGCAAAGCAUUUCCUUGUAUUGAAGAGUUAGUUAAGUAUAAAGCUCUCAAGUUCAAGGGGGCAGGAGCUGUCUUAAUGAAGAACAGCUUCAAAGGUUUUCAGUAAAGAUAAAAUUCCAGGAAAGGUGCAACAUGUUUCCCUACUAAGAAUUUUCUGUUUUGCAUUUUCUAAGAAAUCUUGAUGUCAUCAGGAAUGGUGAAGUUCCUCUCUCCCUUUUUGGAACAGUUGCAUGUAAGAACAAGUGAAAGAUUUGGAGGCAGUCCAGGACUCAUGGAAGUCAAUGGCAAAAUUCUUGUUAGGGUGUGUGCGUGUGGUUCUUGCUGUCAUCCUUGAGCUGGUUUAAUUAAGAACAAGUGCCUAUUUAUUUCUUUGCUUCUAGGUUGAGGCUUUUUGGGAUGUCAGGCACACCUCAAAACUACAUCAGACAGUAACAACCUCCACACUGAUCUAGGUAGUUGGAAUGACAAACCAUGGACUGUGAGGAUCAGUGCAAGUAGCAUAGUUCAAAACAGUGAUCUUUGGCACACAAGCACCACACUAAAGUUAUACCUUUGCCAUGGAUGGUGCUAUAUACUGAAUGUAAAUACCCUACUGUAGUGGUUCCUGUCUGACAGCAAAAUACUGUCUUACUAAGAGUUCUAGUGAAAUGCUUUAUUUGAAAAUGUUGAAUCUUUUAGUAUUUAGGGGUGAAGGAGCAAGGCAGCAAAAAUGUAAAAAAUAAAUAAAUUGCUAAAUGUAGGGAAAUAUGGGUUUUAAUUAUAGAGAUAAUGAUCUUUUGAAGUACUGUUUCAAAACAUCUUUGGCUGUGUGUCAGCAAUCCAAAGCCAAAACCUGUGUAAUUGAGUCUUGUUCAUAUUUCUCUCCUGAUAGGCGUGCUUCUUUCAUUUCUGUUCCAUCCGUACUAUUUACAUUUUAGAUUGCAAGCCUCUCGGUAGCAGAAACCAAUGGGUUGUUUUUGUUUUUGUUUUGCUUUGUUUUGCAAAGUGGUGCUCCAUAAAUAUCCUCUGCCAUGUUUACUAUCGAACCUCAUAACAUAUUAACAUAGAAUCAUAGAAUUGGAAGCUGACCCUGAGAAUCACCUAGUCUAAUCCCCUGCAAUGCAAGAAUAUGCAGCUAUCCCUUAUGUCUUCCUUAUUCCAGCCAUUUUUCUAACUGUCAAAUAUUGGAGGGUGGGCAAAUACAGGCUUUCAGAAUCACGGUAAACACGGAUUUUAAAAAGAACACCUUCAUGCUUGUUUAAUGAAAAAUAAAAUUCUUCUGCAGCUACUGAACUGCUCACGUAAUCCAAUGUGUUCAACAGUGAGAGAUUUCCAAGAAGACAGGAAACUGUAAAAGGGCAAGGCUUUCCAAGCUCUCCUGUUUGGUUUACAAAACCCUUGUGUUUUUAAUGCUAGAGCUCCCUCCACCCCCCUCCUCUUUCUCAGAAUCUCAUCUCUAGGAAAUCCAGAGUGCUGCAUAACUGUGAAGCACUUAGAUUUGCAACAGACGACUCAAAGUCUCAUGCUUGAAAUAAUCUGCUUUUCAAAACUCAAACAAACCCACCAAACAACCCUCUUACGUGUAUAUCGCCCUUCUUGCUCCCCCACCCCCCGCUUGCUUUGUAGAGUGACUUGAUAAAGGCAAGCUUUGGAUAAAGGCGAAAUAAAACUACUUAGAAAAAGAUUGUGAUCCUGGCAUUGUGAGAGUUAUCUGAAAUUUCUUAAACAAAUUAAAAUCUAGACAGAUGUGAAGCUUUCGGUGACACCUUGAAUCUGAUCUCAGGCUAUAAAGUGGAAUGUAGUAUUAACACACUAAUAAACUCACCCACAUCCUCCUCCUCCUCUCUUUCCGCUGCCAAUCGAUUGCCCUGCUUUGCAGAUCUUGCUAUCACCUACUUUAAUUAUGGACAGUGGUGAGUGGAACUUCCUUUGUUCUGGUUGGUAUUUGGUUUGCAAAUAAUAUUAAGCCACGGUUUGGUGCUAUGAAAUUGCCCUUUAGUUCAACAAUUUUGGCAGGUUAUUCUUCCAAAUCCAAAAUUUGCCCUUCUCUCUGUUUUUUGAUUCUGAUAAUUGGGAUUUGGGCCAAAAGAACUAAUAACUUAUCUGAUAACUUUGACAAGGUGCACAAUAGCCAAAUUCAGAAGAACUUUGGAUGCUGACCUUAUGGCAGUUUGAUAUCAACAGCUCUUAAGGCAAGUUGACUAACCAACUUCAAGGCUGUAGGAAAAUCCAAGACAUGGGCAAAUUCUAUGCUGUUUUGUCAAGUUUUAUUACAUAAGCAGCAACUAAGGAAUACUGGUACGGACCUCUGGGUUCUCAUGGAAGCCUGUGGAAGGACACUUUUCAAAGAUAGAUAUGAUGAGUGUAACUACUUCAGGAGAACUGUGCGAUGUACUCCCCAUUUCAAUAAUUAUGUGUUGUGUUGUGUUGCAUUGUUUGGUAUUUGGGAAAUGAAUAAAAGUAAGUUGCAUUAAAAAGCUGCUUGUAGAACUAGCACAAAUCAGUUUUAUGUGGCGACAGAGAAUUUUAUAUUUAAUGGUCUCCAGAGAUUAUGCAUUGUAAGACAACGUGAAUCACUAUGGGUUUAUAUGUAUAUUGGUCAAAAUUUAGUUUGGUCUUGGAAAUGUGCGGUCUUCGAUCCUCUGUGGUGAAUUAUUGCUGUGUUAAAACAGCUGUAAAAUACAGUAUUUCAAACAGAAAGAAUUAAUAGUAAAAAUCAAUAAUCCGUGUAGGCCAGUAACUUUAAAGUCUCAACCAGGAGGUUUCUCUGCUUAUAGAUUAUUUUUCUGAUUAGCUUUUUCCUUUAUUAAAAUUUUCUUUGGAUGUUUUGUCAGUAAAAUCUGUACACUCCGUUUUUAGUAUUAUUUGUAUUAUUUAGAGUGUUGCAUUUGUUUUUAGUACUAUAAGUCCCAUAUUACAUAAAAUCUGUUAAACUGACAUGAAAGUGGAGCAAGAAAAUUAUUUGCUGCUUGACAGACAUGCAUGUAUUUGUUAAGCCUGCCCCAACUUGUCUGAAGAAACUGCUUAAUAGUUGUAACUAUAGUGGUUGUAUAACUAUAGUAGUUGUAUUAAGUUUCCUAAGGUGCAUGAAAUCUUGCUUAUUUGUGUUUGCAGCCCAAUCCUGUACACAUUUAUUCAGCAGGAAGUUCCUCUGAAUUUAAAAGAGUUUACUUGUAAGUAGCGUGCAGGACAAUAGCCUUCAUUUUAUUGGUCAACACAAACUCUACAAAGUUCAGGCAUAAAAUAAUAUAAAACAUCUUGGUACUGGUUGCUAGAGCAGCUCUUGUUUGGUACAAUAGCUGUACCAAACUUCUCUCAAGUGUUUCUUACUCUUAGGGAUACCACGGUCCUUUUAUUUGUUUUUGCUUUGCAAAACCCUUCCUUUCCUUUGGAACAUCCUGUGGAAUGCAGGCUGUGUUUCUGUGAAUUAGCUUACAACAGUACCAAAUUGCUGAUGAUGAGGAAUGUAGUCUUAGGUCAUGUAGUGCAGACUUUUAUUUUCAUUUUUGCAUUAUUCAGGAGCUCCAGGCUUUCACCAGCAGUUUUAUAGUACAACAUGUGUUGGAGGAGAUCAUGCACUCAACGCAGGCAAUUUGGAGCUUAUUAAGAACAGCAUGGUCUUCGAGGCAGUGGAGGGACUUAAUUGAUAUCCUAAAGCUGCUAGACACCCUUGCAUUUCUUUUUCUAUAUCGCCUUUCCUACACGAUUGCUCUUUCUACCUCUCUAGCCAGUGGCAGUAAAUUGGACAAAGUACAUUGCUACUGUGUCUUUUACCAAUGUAUAUAUUUUUGUUGCUUAUGUUGUGCCACUGUCGUGUACAGUUGUACCUCGUUUUGCGGUCAGGAUCCGUUCCAGAGCCCUGGCCACUAGCUGAAAAUGAUGCAGGGCAAAGUGCCACAUCUGCGCAUUCGCGUGGAGUGGUUUGUGCUUCUGCGCAUGCGCUUCUGCGCGAUUUAGCACUUCUGCACAUGCACGAGCGGCAAACCCGGAAGUAACCCAUUCUGGUACUUCCGGGUUUGCCGCUGACAACUGCCAGAAUGGACGCUAGACAAGGCCAACAUUCACAGAGGUAUUACUGUACUGUAUUUGCAGCAAAUUGAAAUAAGUCUUAUUUUUAUAAUGUGUACACUUGCACCCCAUACAGCAGGGCAUUGACAAUUCUAACAAUGAUUUGCCGUAUUUUUCGCCCUAUAAGACGCACCAGACCACAAGACGCACCUUGUUUUUGGAGGAGGAAAACAAGAAAAAAAAUAUUCUGAAUCUCAGAAGCCAGAACAGCAAGAGGGAUCGCUACGCAGUGAAAGCAGCAAUCCCUCUUGCUGUUCUAGCUUCUGGGAUAGCUGCGCAGCCUGCAUUCGCUCCAUAAGACGCACACACAUUUCCCCUUACUUUUUAGGAGGGAAAAAGUGAGUCUUAUAGAGCAAAAAAUACGGUAAAUAACGCCGUGCCCCUUCUCUCCCAGAAGUAUGCUGCUCCUUGCACACACCUGCAUGUAACUUCUUGUCUCCUAUUGGACAGUGACACAUUGGGCAAGUGUGUAAACUUAAGGCUUUUCUGUAGAAGGAAGCAACUACAGGAGGCCCAUGAAGGACUUGUGUAUCUAUUUUUCUUGCUUUCCUUACUAUUCUCUCUGAGGCACCUGUGAUGUGGCAAUUCCUCCCCCAUGCAUCACAGUGGGUUUUUCACCAGCAACUGAUAAAACAUCUCACUGUUCAUACACCUGUCUCUGUGUAAGGGAGUCAUAUUUCUGUCUUGAAAAGCUUGCAUUUAUAGGCCAUAAUUUAUCUCAUUUGUGUGGUCAGGGUGUAUCAGCUGUGGAGUUGAGAGUUUCUUAAACUCUAUUAUUCACUUUGUGGAUCUGCAGUUUCUUUUCAUGCUUGUGUUUUGAGUCCCUGUGGGAACCCCAUCCAUGUGCUGGUUAAUUAUUUAUAAGUGGUCAAUACUAUACUAGGUUUACAGUAGGUUUGUUUUGGACUGUGGUUUGCAUUCCCUAGUAUUGUUUUGCUUGAGAGCCAGAGCUCCAUGAGAGUAUUUUCAUAGCAGGAACCUGUUUUCAUGUGAUGGGUGGGUGGGAGGAUAUGAACCCGAUAUACCAGCACUGCAUAAACAAAACGAUUGACAAGCCAGAUAUCCUGAAAUGGAACAUGGCCUUUUAGAUUGCAAGGAUCAGUCUGAAAGAAAGUUGUACCUAAAAUGCAUAAACUAGAUUAACUGUGGUGGGGUGUGUGUGUCCUGAGGCACCAGUGCAGCCGUCAGAAAGUCUUAUGAAAGUUCUCAGCAAAUAUCUCCUCAAAAAUCCACAAUGCCCAUAGCAUUUUUGUUCCUGUCUGUUUUUUUGCCCUUUUAUAUGUGGCAGCCACUUUGUGUUGCCAUUUUCUGACUGGCGCCGCUCAAAAUUCUAAAUGUGCCCAUUGCCCCCCUAGAAAGUUGCCAGCCCCUGGUAUAGAGUAAAAUGGAUUUUUCUUAACUCCUUCUCUCGUCUUUCUAUGUCCAUUAAGACCUCUUAAUUGCACCGGGACCAGUUUACCUACAAGAUCACCUCCCUUCAUAUGUGCCCACACAACUGAUUUGGUCAGUGGAAUUGGUAUAACUACAGGUGCCACACAACACCUGUUCCCCAUUUAUAAGAACUCAAUUGUUUCGUGUGGCAGCCCCUGCGCUGUGGAACUCCCUGCCUCUUGAGAACAAGCAGGCGACAUCACUUAUACACUUUUCAGCGCCUGCUUAAAAACAUUCCUGUUUAGACAAGCCUACCCAGAUACUUAGAAAGCUGAGGUAAUAUAAAUCUGUUUUGAUAUUUUAACUUUUGUAUGUUUUAAAGUAGGGUUGCAAUUCUAUUUUUUCUUGAUUUCAUUUAUUUAUCUUUUUAUAAACCGCUUUGUCAUUUCAAUCAGCCUCUGUUUUUAGUUACUACUUUAGCUACUCCUAGGAUUCAGUUUUGUAACAAGGCUGGUACUGACCUCAAAGGUCUAUCAUUGCACAGUGGUACCUUGGUUCUCUUAAUCCGUUCUGGAAGUCCGUUCCAAAACCAAAACGUUCUAAAACCAAGGCAUGCUUCCCCAUAGAAAGUAAUGCAAAUGGAUUAAUCCAUUCCAGACUUCUAAAAACAACCCCUAAAACAGCAAUUUAACAUGAAUUUUACUAUCUAAUGAGACCAUUGAUCCAUAAAAUGAAAGCAAUAAUCAAUGUACUGUACUGUAAAAUAAAUAAGACAGUAUUGUAGAUGAUAAAAAUAAAAAUUAUUUUUUUUUCUUACCUGCACUGCUGAUAGUCAUUGGGGGGCUUUUAUCCAUUUCCGCAGUCACACAAUCAAUCAAUCAAUCAAUCAGUAGCUGAACUGGGUUCGACACAGUCACAAAAACAAAUUAACCAAAAAAGCCUCAAAAACAAAAAUGCAAAAUAAAUAGCAAAAAAAAAGCACCAAAUUUAAUCCGUUCCAGAAGCCCACUUGACUUCCUAAAUGUUUUAAAAACUAGGCGCAGCUUCUGAUUGGUGCAGGUGGCCUGGAAACAAGAGCCGACAGUCACAUCAGACGUUCGGCUUCCGAAAAUCAUUUGAAAACCAGAACACUUACUACCGGGUUUUCGGCAUUUGAGAACCAAGGCGUUUGAGAACCAAGGUACCACUGUAUCUGCCUACAGAAUAAGCAUACAAAGAUUCCAGAACCAGUAAACAUUUUUGGAGGGGGUGCUGCAUGGACAAGGAAUUGCUAUAAUACUCCCGUGACACAUUAUCCCGCCCCCCCUUUGACAUGCUACAUGAAUUCAGUGAAAUCAUUGUAUUUAUUUACUCUCUUAUGUUGCCUUUGGAGUUUAAUUUAUGUCUCUUUUCAGGACUCGCCUUUUGAUUUUUGAUGUUGUUGUUUUUUACCCUUGACCUGGAAGUGAAUCCCACUUUGAUCUUGUGGCAUUCUUACCAGCACCCACCCUUCCGUGCCCUGGCAGAAUAUUUCACAAGAUCCCUAUCUGCAGGCCCAUCGGAGUGUCCACAUCAACUGUUUGCAAAUCGCUACAAUAUAGGCUCAAGUUGAAAACCCAUGAUUAGUAAGCAGUCUAUAGCUCCCAGGUAAGUCUUGUUUGUUUAUCCCCUAAACAUCCUUUUGUAGUGAAAGGUGGAACAGAUAUCUAUCAGCCAAGUAGAUUAAAAGGGAAGGAAACAGCAAAAGUAAUUGAACUUGUCUUGAUUGAGAAGCUCCAAAUGACUAGGAAUAUCAUUAGCUGUGAGAGUGGGAUCAUCUUUCAACUGAACUUUCGUUUCAGGGGCCAGGUGUGCUGAGCGUGGUUAGAUGGUUUUACACUGACUUGAUUUCAGUUGUGAAAGAAAGACAGAGGUUCCUUUCAGUGCUAGCUCCAGGUUUUGGCUGUUCUUUGGGCUUGCUACUUUAUUUUUAAAAAAUUUAUUGGGUUACAGACGCUUCAGGUUACAGACACUUCAGGUUACAGACUCUGCUAGCCCAGAAAUAGUACCUCAGGUUAAGAACUUUGCUUCAGGAUGAGAACAAAAAUCGCGGGGGGGGGGUGGCAGCACGGCGGCAGUGGGAGGCCCCAUUAGCUAAAGUGGUACCUCAGGUUAAGAACAGUUUCAGGUUAAGAACGGGCCUCCGAAACGAAUUAAGUACAGUGGUGCCUCGCAAGACGAAAAGAAUCCGUUCCGCGAGUCUCUUUGUCUUGCGGGUUUUUUCCUCUUGCGAAGCAAGCCCAUUAGAGGUUUAGCGGCUUAGCGCUACAGUAUUAGCGGCUUAGCCGGCUUAAAGAUCAGCUGAUAAGCGGCUUAACGAUCAGCUGAUAAGCGGCUUAGUAUCAGCUGUUAAGUGGCUUAAAGAUCAGCUGAUAAGCGGCUUAGCAUCAGCUGUUAAGCAGCUUAAAGAUCAGCUGAUAAGCGGCUUAGCAUCAGCUGUUAAGCGGCUUAAAGAUCAGCUGAUAAGCGGUUUAGCGGCUUGGGAAAAAGGGGGGGGGGAGGAAAAAAACCCCGCAGGAACUCGCAAGACAUUUUCGUCUUGCGAAGCAAGCACAUAGGAAAUUCGUUUUGCGAAGCACCUCCAAAACAGAAAACCCUUUCGUCUAGCGGGUUUUCCGUCUUGCGAGGCAUUCGUCUUGCGGGGCACCACUGUACUUAACCCGAGGUACCACUGUAUAUCCUGUGAAUGUGAGGUUAGGCUGAGAAAUGGUGACUGGCCCAAGGUCACCCUGUGUCUUGCAUGGCUGGGUGGGGAUUUGAACCCUGGUUUCUCAGAUCCUUGUUGAACACACUAACCAGUAUGCCACACUGGCUCUGGGAAUCUGAGCAUCAUUCCUCCCUAAAUAGGUCUACUAACCUUUCUACUACAGUGGUACUUCUGGUUACGAACACUUCUGGUUACAAACGCUUCAGGUUAUGAGCUCCGCUAACCCGGAAGUAGCUGCUCCUGGUUGCAAACUUUGCCCCAGGAUGUGAACGGAAAUCAUGCGCCAGAGACGCACACGCAGCGGGAGGCCCCAUUAGCGAAAGAGCACUUCAGGAUACGAACGGUUUCAGCUUAAGAACGGACUUCCGGAACGAAUUAAGUUUGUAAGGAGAGGCACCACUCUAUAGCCACUGCCCCUUCACUCGGUCUCUUCCUCUGAGCCCAAGCUGUAUUUGCAUGGAGAGAGCAAGAUAAGCAGAGGUUGCUUCUUCUCCUUCUUCCCAUUGACAGGACUUGAUAGGUCUCCAGGGUCCCCCAGCUGGAGGGUGGGUCUUUGCAAGAGCCAACCCUUGGCCUUGGCCCCAUUGCAAACUUAUCCAGGCAACAGCCAGUUUGACAGAUAUUUGGAACAUGUUGUAGUAGAGGGAUAUCUGCAUAUUUGCCCUGCUGAUGAGUCUCCCAGGGACAUCUGCCUUGCCACUCAUGGACUGGAAAGCUGAACUAGAUGUAUGCUAAGCUAGAUGUUCUGAUGAGUGUUUUUCUGUAACAAAGCAGCAUUGGUUGUAAUUGGAACUAAAAAUAACUGUAACUGUUUUACUGUAAUCUCUGAGCUUAACUGCAUUAUAUAACCGCCUCUCGUAAAUAGCAAUUAUUUUUAUGAUUGUAAGAGCAAACAGCUGUAGCAGAAAUCCCAGAUCCAUGACCUCAGUUGUUGUGAUGCUGCCUGUGCAAAUUUUCUUCUUUAGAAAUUGCCGUAAUGAGAAUUUUGCCCAGUCUAGUUGAUUGUUUUGCAAGCAUCCUAUAGAUGAUACUUGACAGGCUUUGCGAAGAGAGAAAAAGGAGUGAGAUUACCAUGAGAGCUCCACUGUUUACCAUAAAGACUGCAUUCAGACUAUCAUAUUUCAGUUUAAGCCAAUAUUUGAACAAGCCUUAUGACCCCACAGUCAGCCACUUUGUUCCUCCCUUCACAAAAGCCAUGAAACAAACCAGUUAAACUUAAUUUCUCCUUAUUUAUAAACCGUGAAGCUAUGGUUAACAACUUCAGAACAGCUUCAAAGCAUGGUUUCAUAAUGUGGCUUGUUUGGAAGCCUUGAUGUAACAGAAAACUAUGGUUAACUGAAGACUUCUCGGUUUGUUUGCCUGCCUACACAAAGGGGGAAGUGAAUGGCUGCAUUUAGGGUCCCAGGGCUUGUUCCUGCUUCUUGAAGACGUUGGAUACAUGGGCGUAGGUUUUUUCUUCGGUUAAGGGUCUCCUGAGAUAAAUCUUGAAAGGCCAGGAUGGGGUUUUCUCCAUAUCGGGAGGUUGGUUGAGUUUCUGAGGUUGUUCCAUAUUUCUUCUUUCUUUUUGUAGCAGGCGGAGCACAUGAUUAUGUCUCAUGGAGGGGCGUUGGCUUUUGGCAUGGGUCUUAGAGCUCUAUGUGCCCUAUCCAGAUCGUCUACUUUGAGUUUCAGGUUUGGAAUUGUGGUUUUUAGCCAGCAUAGGAUGAGAUCAGUCGGGUUUUGUCCUCCAUUUUCUCGGGAAAAAUUGUGGAGGAGGAUAUUGCAGCGUCUACUGUGAUCUUCAGCGUCUGCUAGUUUAAUUCUCGCUUUCAUGCUUUCUCUUUCUUGGCAGCUAUCCAUAUCAGCUAAUUUAUUUUUCAGACAUGUGUUUUCCUCUUGGAGUUGCUCUAUUUGUUUUUGUUGCAUCUGGUUUUCCUUUUCUAGAGUGGUGAUGGUAAUUUUGACUCACAGGCAGUUUUAAUUUCACUGUGGGGACCACGGGACCUGGAUGUCGAGUCCAUGGGUUAGGGCUAAGGCAGCGGUCUUCAGUGGUUCAGGCCUCUUGCAUGGAUGCCAUUACAGUUUUUCAAAGAAAAAAAUAAUAAUAUAAUAAUAAUAUAAAUAAAUAAAUUCCAGCAGGGGAGGGCCUGCGCCACAUUUUUUUUCCCCCGGGCUGGUCUCCGGUGUUCGGUUCCUCCCGGGCCCCGGCCUGCUCUUUGCACUAGCCGCCAGGGAGGUAGGCUCGGGGUCGGGCCAGGGCUAGGCUGAGUGAUUCCUUGCGGUGUCCCUGGCCCUCCCGGUACCCUCCUGCCUCUCUUCCUCGGCGAUGGUGGCGGCAGUGGUUGCGGCAGCAGUGGCAGUAAGUUGGUGCUCGGCUGGGGGUAGGAGUGGCUCUGUCUUGCGUCCUGUUUUCCUUGUUUUUUGUGUUUGGCUCUGGAGGCCUCCGGGCCCAGGAGCUCCACUAGGUUGUCAGUGGGGUGCUCUCGGUCCCAGCAGGAUUGAAGUGGUUGUGGGGGGCUGGAGGCCCUGCGUGGCCUCCUCGGUUGUCGUGCUGGACACCCCUGAUUCCCCCCAAUCAUGGCAGCAGCGGCGCAGGGACUAACCAGGUAGCGCAGUUGGUGCUAGCCGUCCUCAGGAGCUCUGCGCAGCCGUGUCCCCGCUAAUAUAGUAUUUUCAGCUUCUUGCCUUACCCCUCUGCUUGAAUAAAAUCUCUAGUUAGAUAAAUAGGAAAGCAUCUACCAUCCCUGUCCUUUUAGGAGUUCUUGGUUUCCAUGAAGUCGAGUGAAUCAGCGCCUUUGGUUAUGUGUUUCCUGUUAUGGCUGUUGAAAUAUUCAAAUUGUACUGAAAAUGUGACUGUUUUUACCUGUGUUGGCUUGAUGAAACGAGCAUCUGUUUCAAAGAGGACAAAUUGGAGAAUAGUUGUUUUAAAGGCUAUUACAGUAUGAAUCUGCAAAUCUUUACCAGUGUGUUACACAGAUUUCAGCCUUGUGCCUUUGUUUGUGCUGCCAAGGGCACCUAGUAUUAAAUCACCUCAUGUCCUAAUCUUUCAGCUGUUGUUUACGGCCAUAAUUUCUCAUGGGGUUGACUUGGGGGCACAAAAUGUAACCUGUUCUUUGUAUUAAAACUGUAACAUGGGUGACUUCAAAAAUGAUGCUCCUUGCCACAUUUGCCAGUCGGUAUAUACUUACUCUUGUAAGUCGUAUUAUGUGAUAAACUCCUAAAGCACCCCUAAUAUGGACCCCCUGUUCUUCCUCUCUGCAUUUGUUACAAAGCUGAUUUUGCAGUUUUAGCAUUUCACACUCCCAGCAGCAGCCACUCUAGCAUUCAGGGCAGAUUUAUCACUUAAUUCAGUGGGUGAUUUUGAAUUUCUUGCUGAGGGAGAUGAAUGCAUUUAACCUUUCAUGGCUACACAUAUCCAUUGCAUGUCGGACUUACGGGCUGUUGAAUUCUCUCCUCCCUUGGAGGAGUUUAUCUCCUUUGUUAGAGAAAAAACUGCAUCAGUGACCUUACAGUUGUGUUAUAAAAAUAGAAUUAAAUAGACUUUAGCAAACGUGAAGAGAAUUAUUUUAUUUGCGUUAGUUAUUAUUUCUGUUGGGACUGUGGACAUGACCGUGGAACAAUCUUUUGUUUACCUCUCUCCUAAGGCAUUGCAGUGUAAAAUUAUAGAUACAGUGGUACCUUGGUUCUCAAACGUAAUCCGUUCCGGAAGUCAGUUCCAAAACCAAAGCAUUCCAAAACCAAGGCGCGCUUUCACAUAGAAAGUAAUGCAAAGUGGAUUAAUCCGUUCCAGACUUUUAAAAACAAGCCCUAAAACAGCAAUUUAACAUGAAUGUUACUAUCUAAUGAGACCCUUGAUCCAUAAAAUGAAAGCAAUAAACAAUAUACUGCAGUCACACAACCAAUCAAUCUGUAGCUGAACUGGGCUCCACACAGUCACACACAAAAAGGGGCCGCAAAAACAAAAAUGCAAAAAAAAUAGCAAAAACAGACAGACCUCAGCGUAACACUCAAAUCAGAAGCGUAACACUCAAGCACAUUCGGCUUCCGGGUUUGCAGUGUUUGGGUUCCAAGUUGUUUGAGUACCAAGGCGUUUGAGAACCAAGGUACCACUCUCUCUCUCUCUGUCAUAUCUCACUUUACUGAAUAUAUCUAUAACAUAGAACAUAAAAAGAGCCUGCUGAACCAGGCCAAGGGUCCGGCAUCCUAGUCUCAUAGUGGCCAGCCAGAUGCCUUUGGGAUGCUCACAAGCAGGACCUGAGAGCAACAGCACACUACCCACCUGAAAUUCUCAGCAACUGGUAUUCAAAUACAUACUGCCUCUGUUCCUAGAGGUAGCAUCUAACUAUGAUGACUAGUAGACUUAUCCUCCUCUAAUUCCAUUUUAAAGCCAUUUAAUUUGGUGGCUAGUAGCCACGGAUAGCCUUAUUCACCACCGAUUUGUCUAAUCCUCUUUUAAAGCCAAAAUCCAUUUGUUAUGUACAGUAUGAUUAGAUACGUGUAUUUACCACUCUUGAAAUAUGCCUUGUAUUUUUUACACAUCUCCACGUAACAUUUUUCUAAAUUAAUUGCCCUUGUAUUAUUAUCUUCAUUGUUCCUGAACAAAUCACAAAACACUUUGUUUGCCUAGUUCCCGCGAUUUUAAAGUGGCAUUCGCCAUAUGGAACUGUAGAAGAAGCAGCCACUGUGAUGCCGUAGCAAAGUGUGGAAUUCCUAUCUGGAGGAGUUUAUAAUCUAAUAAAAAGGCUUGAGCAAAACCAGCGCUGAACAGUGCUUUCCUGGAAACAAAGCAAGUGGCGAGCAGUUGCUAUAGCUGCAGUGCUUCGAGGAACAUAUGGCCUUUUAGGAAUCACUGGAGACCUUCCCGCUGUGCUCCAUUAACAAAUCGUUGCUUCAGUACAAGCAUAACCUCUGCAAUGACCUGCUUAUUCGCGUAUGUCCGCUGUGCAUGGAAAUCCUGUCUUGAUCACAAACAGGGAACUAGAAGAAAAUGCUGAGAGAUGGGCAAAAGCAUUUCCCCCAAUCAGAACUAGCUUAACUAAAUUUAUCACACUGUUUCCUCUCUCUCAGCUCUGUUCCCAUCAAUAUUCCUUAAUGCAGGGCAAACAUUUUGGAGCUCCUUAAGAUCGUCACAUUUAUUUCCCAUCAUACAGCCCUCUGAAAAACCACUUCUCUAUUAAAAUAUGCCAGUUUCUAACAGGACACAUCCACUGCUACUUCCAUGCCAAGCUACUGCUUGUCUGAAUGGUAGAGCUGGGUAUAGCUGGGCACUGUUUGCCAGUAGCAGGCAGUGUGGUGGGUUGGCAGCACACACCUCUGACCUCCUGUUGCUCAUGUCACUGCAGCAGACCGAGAUGGAGAAGGGGAAGCAGUGAGGAGGUGGUGAGGAUAACAUGGUGCAAAUGCAAUAGUGGAGCCAAUCCCCUCUCCAUCCCAAUGUGCAGCAGCAACGCAGAAGGUCAGAUGGCCACCACUGGCACACCUACUGGCCACUACUAGUGUUUAUUCUGCCACAAGUAUUGUUGUUGUUUAGUCAUUUAGUCGUGUCUGACUCUUCGUGACCCCAUGGACCAGAGCACGCCAGGCACUCCUGUCUUCCACUGCCUCCCACAGUUUGGUCAAACUUAUUCUGGUAGCUUCGAGAACACUAUCCAACCAUCUCGUCCUCUGUCGUCCCCUUCUCCUUGUGCCCUCCAUCUUUCCCAACAUCAUGGUCUUUUCCAGGGAGUCUUCUCUUCGCAUGAGGUGGCCAAAGUACUGGAGUCUCAGCUUCAGGAUCUGUCCUUCCAGUGAGCAUUCGGGACUGAUUGCCUUAAGAAUGAAUAGGUUUGAUCUUCUUGCAGUCCAUGGGACUCUCAAGAGUCUCCUCCAGCACCAUAAUUCAAAAGCAUCAAUUCUUCGGCGAUCAGCCUUCUUUAUGGUCCAGCUCUCACUUCUGCCGCAAGUACUUCUACCUUAUCUCUUUUCUCAGGCUAGAAGGCCUAGUCAACUGAAGCUUCAGUGCUUUAGCUUAUUUAUUUCACCGUGGUAGGAUGUCUCACCGUUGCCACGAAGUGUGCCUCAGGUUUUGGGUGUCAGUGAGGUUAGAACCCAAAAACCAACCUCUCAAAUUUGCAGCUGUAGCAGGAAGAGACUUCAUACAACCAUUUCUCAUCUGUCUGAUGAUGAUAACCCCUGUAUGUAGAACGACCUCUUUCUUGCAUCAGCAGAGUGCUUUAGGAUCUUUGCCUCUGACUCGAAGCUGUCAUAGCCAAAGCCACCCAUCUGAAUCCAGAACUCCAUGGUCCAAGCCAAGUACUCUUAUUUAUGCCAGCUGGGUCUCAUGGGAGUUGUAAUGUAAAACAUCUGGAGGGAAACAGGUUGGGGAAGGCUUUGGUAGAGCCCACAGGGGUUUGGGGAGUGACUUCACUGAACAGCUGUGUGGUAAUGCCUGCUUCAUACAAUGUGAUGAUUGCAACCAGUACAAGAAGCUGUAGUUUCUGAAUUGGACGUAAUAACAUACUUCUCAGGCCUUCUACAGUAUUGUGUUCCCUUCCUAUAUAGAUUUUCUUUUGUCUGCCUGACAGCUUCAUUAUAUUUCCAGUCAAGUAAAAAUGAAAAGAGCAUGGCUAUACAAUACUUAGCAUGGAAAACUAAAUUGUUUGGCUUUCUCAGUUAUAGUAAUGAUUGACUACUUAAAGAACACUAGCAAAAUGCUAAAUUGCUAUUCUGGUGGUAUCUUGAAGGGAGUAAGGAUAAACUGCUUUAAGAUAGUUGUGAUUAUUAUUCUUCCAUCUCUCUCUCUCUCUCUCUCUCUCUCUCUCUCUCUCUCUCUCUCCCACACACACACACACACUUACACUUCUGCAUGUGAUAGUGAAAUAUUGCUUGUGGCAAGGGUCUUAUCUGUUAUAUCCACCACAAAGAGAUGUUGAGAUUUUUGCAUGAUGUAUCUCAUACCAUUAAUAGCAAAAUGCAUGUAGAGUGGUGCUGAUCUUUUUUAAAAGACAUGUAGGCUAGAAACCAGCACCCCAACAAAUUCUAUAUUAAUUAUGCACUACAUAGCCAAUGGUCAGGGAUGGUGAGAGAUGGCAUCCAAACUGUGGGAGACUGGUCUGCAGCCUUUCUGGAAUUCAGUAUUCCAAGAAAUGAAUAAAAUAACAAAACAACAAUUGGAAGUCAAACCAGAGUUAGCUUUAUUAAAUAUAUUUCAAUGCAACAAUCUUGAUUUACAUAAUAAAUAAUUAAGAAUCCAUUAAUUACAAGCAGCGAGACGUAGUACACUGGAAAGACCUUUCUGGCACAACGAUAGGCAGAACAGUUUAGGAAACAGCUCUCCUUCAGACAUUAACAAAUAAGCUGCAGUUGAUAGGUGGAAAGAUAAAGAAAGAUUGCUUUACCCCGGUGUGAUUAAAUUUUAUAACAUAUGCUAGUCAUACCUUGGCAUUCAAAUGGAAUCCGUUCGACUUCCAAAAUAUUCAGAAACCAAAGCGUGGCUUCUGAUUGGCUGCAGGAAGCUCCUGCAGCCAAUCUGAAGCCGCGGAAGCCCCAUUGGAUGUUCAGGUUCCAAAGAACAUUUGCAAACCGGAACAUUCCCAGGUUUGCAGUGUUCAGGAGCCAAAACAUCCGAGUAUUAAGGCGUCCGGGAUCCAAGGUACAACUGUAUUCCAGAAAACGAAGAAGCUCCACCACCAGCAUUUGGCUCAAUCUGGUUGAUAUAAACAUAAAUUACUAUCUUCGCUUUCAACCCUUUUCCCACAUUUGUAAAUCUACCAACACUUUAUAUUGUUUCACUGGUAAUUUAAAGGAAAAAAUGACUAUUACUCAUAAUUAAUCUAAGCACAACCAUAAGGGCUCAUGAUUAGGUGGUUUAGCUAUGUGAUGUUGAAUGUUAUAUGUUAACUAUGUUCUAUCCUGUUUCCCCUUUGUUAUUGUUAUUAUGAAAACCACUCCAUGAACCAAGAACUUGUACAUGGACCACUAAUAAUGAAUAUAUGUCAUAGAUAUUACUGCAGAUUUAUUACGCUAUUUUUGUGAUGUACAAAUGGCAUGAGAAUCAGUAUUAUUUAUAUCACUUAUUAUUCCUAUGAUCCCUGUUUAUAAAGCCCAUUAAAAAGUCUUUUUUAAAAAAUAGAAGACUGAAUCCCACAGAAUGCUAUGUUUUUGACAGAAGAUCUGUUUUCAAGUUCUUACUGUUUGUGUUGGAUAGUUCUUGUUAUCUGAAAAAUUGAAUACUGUUGUUUUUUUUAAAUGGUUGUAAUAGUAGCUGCCUUUUCCAUCUAAAAAGAACUUUGUAAUAUUCUUAUACAAUCUGUUCUGAACAAUCCAAAUUAUCUGCUAAGCCUUGCAUAUCUAUUUAUACUCUUCCUAAAAAAAAAGAAAAUGAAAACUUUUGACAAUGACGUAGGAGUUGUAUUUUUAUUAUUACUAUUGUGCUGCUUUGAUGUGGGGUUGCCGGCAUGAUCCUGGAGUUCUGAAAUAUCUUUCAGAAUAAGGCUGUUUUGUAAGGAGCUGCCCGUUUCCCUCCUUCCCACAUUCAUAUCCUACCAUUAUAAUUAGUGCCCAUUGAAUGGUGUUUAUCACCCAUUUUGAUACAAUUUCCAAGGCAACAGAAGCGAAGGGCCAGUCCUAUAAUUGGAAAAGGAAGCCAGUACUAACACUUGCAUUCUGAGCUUCGAGAAGGAUUACUACUUCUAGGUUCAGGUGUAGUAGUAGCAAUGGAACUUCAGUUGGUUCUUAGUUCACCCUCUUUAAACAAACUUGGGUAUUCCUCUACUUUGGAACUUUUACCUUUCUUUGUCACCACACAUGUCCAGUGGACCUAACCUGCACAAUAUAGAUGGAUCAAGCUAACCACAUCUCUCAAACGCUACUUCUCUACAGGCUCAAUUCAGUAGCAGUUGAAAAUGUGAAAUUGCUAUGUGCUUCUUUCGGUAUUCAUCAGCACUGGUACAUUUGUAUAUUUUGGAAACUUUGGGUUGUGGGGACACUUACUGGACUCUAUUUUGGACCCAUGGACUCCUGAAGUGCAGAUAUUUUGACUCUAUUACUGAAUGAGAUUUAUUUAUGAUGCCUAUCUAAUGAUUGUUGGUUACUAGCUGAUUGUUCCCCAGUAACAAUGUGGCAUUAAAAGUGGUAACAAUUUUUCAUAGCGAUGUACAUUUUCUUUUAUUCUAGAUGAUGAGAUACCUGGAAUUCCUCGAGACGCUUUGAAGAGUCCACCAACAGAUCAGCAGAUCAACAAGCUUGCUAGGAGACUUGGACCUGAAUGGGAGUGCAUCGUAUUGUCCCUGGGAUUGACGCAAAAUGACAUUUAUCGUUGUAAAGUCAAUCACUCCUACAAUAUCCAGUCACAGAUUGUGAGCGCAUUCAUUUUAUGGAGGCAGCGUUUUGGGAACAAAGCUACUGUGGAGAGCCUGUGUAGUGGCUUGAAGUCAGGAGAAGUGGAUUCUUCUGUGAUCCAGCAGAUGUUCCAGUGACCCCCUAGUGUGACUGGAGGCUCAAAAGCCCCCUCUGUAUGAAAUUGAAUCCAACAUGUUCACAGAACUGGAAAAUAUUUGGCGUGCUUCAGUCCCUUUUGAAAUGGAUAUAAGCAUGCAGUUGAAGUAGCCACUCAUGAGGUAGCACUACAGGUAGGAAGAAACUGCUGCCAUUGAGCAGCAAUUGGGGUAGAGGAGCUCCCACAGCCUUUGAUCCAUUUUCAUCAUCAGUGGCAGUGGUCAGGGAUGAUUUAGUCCAGCAACCUAUGUAUGGGAAACCCAGCCAGAUGGGCAAGGUAUAAAUAAAUUAUUAUUAUUAUUAUUAUUAUUAUUAUUAUUAUUAUUAUUAUUGAGAGCCACAAGUUCCCAUCCUUGCAUUAGGAAAUGCAAAGUGACAGAGGCAGCAGCCAGAGGCAGCGCUUCAUGAAGUGCUCCCAACCAGUGAGCUGUCAGGCGCCUGUGUAGUGCCAAGUCUAAGCACUCCUUGCCUUGUUUCCAGCCUCUCAUCUCCUGUCAGUGACGUCCUGGAGGCUCCUCUUCCACACAGCUGACACCCAGCGGCUGCAACCAUUGUUACCUCAGGUUACGGAUGCUUCAAGUUACACACUCCACUAACCCAGAAAUAGUACCUCGGGUUAAGAACUUUGCUUCAAGAUGAGAACAGAACUCGUGCUCUGGCGGCGCGGCAGCAGCAGGAGGCCCCAUUAGCUAAAGUGGUACCUCGGGUUAAGAACAGUUUCAGGUUAAGAACGGACCUCUGGAACGAAUUAAGUUCUUAACUAGAGGUACCACUGUACUAACAACUGCGGCUGUCAACCUUUUGUUUAGAAAGUAGAAGGGCUAACAGAAAUAAGCAUCCACCGGUAGGAGCUUAUGUGCCAAAGCUACUACAGUAGUACCUUGGUUUUCGAACGUCUCCGUUAACAAACAUUUCAGUUUUCAAACACUGUAAAUGCUUCGGUUUUCAAACACGCCUCAGAAGUUGAACAUGCCAUGCGUCUUCCGCUGAGUGCAAGAUCCUGAGGCCUAGCUAUCAGCUAUUGAGUUUUUCGUUUUCGAACGUUUCAGAACUCGAACAGUUUUCCGGAAUGGAUUACGUUUGAAAACCGAGAUACCAUUGUAUACAUUACUUAGCCUUUUUCAGGCAUUCAAUUUACUGAUGUAAAUACAAUCACAUGAGGAAAGAGAGUAGGGGCACAUUUUGCCUUCCAACGUAAUGCCUUCCCCCCUUUUUUAUGGCUGUCUCCCGUAAGGAUGAAGGUCUGAAGUGGUAUACAAGUACAGAAGCCUUGCCACUUAAGAACUUCACUUUUGAACUCAAGGAGGGCUAUAAAGAAGGGGGAAACAAUACCUCAGAGAGAGCAGGAUUUGCCAGCAUGCCUCUAAUGCCCCAUCCUUGGUUGUCUUCAGAUAAGUAAGCUGAACCUGUGAGACGUGAGGAGAAAUGUCCUAGUGUCUGAGCUAGAUCAUCAAUGGGAAAACCUGGUUGAAGUGCUAGCAGGUACUAGGGGUGUGCUAAAUGUAAAUAGCCGUGUCUUAGGACAGAGACUUGAUAUCCACUCACACUUGCUGAAGGUCACUUCAAACCCUGUGAAGAUUAACACAGGCAAAGAGAGCUCUGUUUUGGAAGCAGUCACACAGCUUCUUCUGGAAUAGAAUUUAGUUCCAUCCAGUCAAGAAGACAGUUUCCUGUUGAUUCAUAUUGUCAGUAUAAUAGAAUCUGAGUUAUAUCCCUGUAACCACACUCUGUGGCAAGUUGUGAGUAGAUAUCAAGUCUCUGUCCUAAGACACAGCCAUUUACAUUUAGUGGUCCAUAAAACUGAAUGAAAUGAAUGGAAUGAAACAGCUCUCCAACUUGAAAGGGCCAUGCAGUAGGAAGGGCAAAUGGAAUUGUUGCUUCUCAGGUGACUGUGUUGGAGAGCUGUUUCAUUCCAUUCAUUUCAUUCAGUUUUAUGGACCACUUUUCUGCUUUAAUAUCUACAAAAGCUUAAAAUGAAAUACUAAAAUCCUACUACAGUGGCACCUCGGGUUACGUUACCUUCAAGUAACGUAAUUUCUAGUUAUGAGCGCUGCAAACCCAGAAGUGUAUACUGUAUUUUUCGCUCUAUAAGACGCACCAGACCAUAAGACGCACCUAGUUUUUGGAGGAGAAAAACAAGAAGAAAAAUAUUCUG